AUGGCAGGGAUAAGUUUCGCCGAAGAGCCGCCCACCUCAGACGACGAUGCCUAUCUCAGCCCAUACCAUGAUGAGGCUGAUGGAACAGAUGAAGAGCACACUUUCUUAAAAGUCAAUGGCACAUUGAGCAAAGAGAGGGACCGGCUGCAGAGCUUUGGACAUACUUUGAGAUACCAUGUUUUAUACUAUAUUGAAAGGUCAUUCUACCACAUAGAAAGAACCGAGUGGGGUCGAACCGCGCAAGAAUGGCUCUUGGUAAAACCACGACAAGUUCCAAGACGCAUUGCAUGGGCGGCCGGAGGAGUACUCAUCGUGCUCAUCUUUCUUCUACUCUCAGCACACACCACCUCACGCAUACGCCACCCAGUGCACUUCUCUAGCGCUGGCAAACACCUGAAAAGACCUCAGAAUGUUAAGAUCUACGGCAUAGUAUUCUACGGACGGCGACGGACUGUUGAGAUCCUGGACUGCUACCUCCAGCGAAAUCUGGUCAAGAACGGUGGCUGGCUGGACGAGAUCCACUUCAUGAUCAACACCGACGUCGAAGAAGACAUAGACUGGAUCGACAAGCGCGUCUCCCAAGUCAAAGAAUACAAGCCAAUAUACCUACCCGAAGGUGCCGCAGGCAACGACUUCGAAGUUGUCUGGCGUAGUGCCGUGGAACCCGGCUGUCUCUACGUCAAAUUCGACGACGACCUCGUCUGGUUCAGCGAUGGCGCAGUCGAAGAACUCGUCUCCACCUUACUCGCUCACCCCGAAGCCUUCAUCGUCCUUGGUAACCUGAUAAACUCCGCCGCAUUAGGCUGGGUUCAUCACCACGAAGGCGCCAUCCAUUCCUACCUCCCCGAACUCGAGCCUCCAACACACCCCUCCGCUGACUCUUAUGGCCCCAAAGCCUGGCGCGCCUCCAAACUCCCCACUUAUGAACCCCCAGACGGCGAAAACAUCACCUCGUUCCCCGACAAUAUAGAGGAGGGCUCUGAGCCCGAGGUAGGGGCUAUUGGUGCCCCCCCGUAUACGAAUCACCGCUGGCUCCCCCUCCGCGACAACGACUCCCUCAUCGAACUAACACCCAUGUGGCGCACACAAUACGACCCCAACGGCGCAGACUGGAAGGGCUGGCAGCUGGGCGCGCAACAGCACUACUCCUUCCUCCAAAACCUCGAAUCUAGCGACCUGUCUCCGUACCACUUCGGCAACAAAGAGGGGCUAUGGAACAUGCGGUAUUUCCACGCGAACAUCAACUUCAUCGCGCUUUGGAGCGAUGACGUGUUGGAAAACCUGCCGUUCUUCGUGGAGGAGGAUGAUGAGGCGCAUUUCACGAUCUCGUUGCCGAGGAAGCUGGGCAAGCAGGUGUACAUCCAGACGAGGAGUAUUGCGAGUCAUUUCAGUUUUGGCCCGCAGGGACUGAUUUAUGAUACGGAUCUUUUGGGACGGUACAGGGCGUAUGCUAAUGAGAAAGUCUGUCCGUGGAGGAGGAAGGUGCCGUUGCCUGAGGAGGAUAUCUGGGAUCAUGCUGUGGGUGAUGAGAAGGUCACGGUAUGA